UUAUCGAACAUCCUCUGUUGUUGUUGAGGUUGUUUUGGACAAGAAGUGAUGGUGCUACAAAAUUUACGCUCUUUAUAUAUCGGCUUCUAGAUGUCGGAUUAUUGGAAUAGUUUUUGUCUGUGACAGAAUAUCUUUUAUGUGAAAACAGACUACUCUUUGUGGAGCCUUAGUGGCUGCAUUGCAAUUCCAGCAAUGAUGAGACUUUUGACAGAACACUUCUAGUGAAAAUUCAGAUAAGAUAAUCAUGCCAUUUGGUUCUGAAAUUUAUUCAUAAGCCAUUAGGAAGAAGACUUCCUCCUCUGAAAAAAUUGAUUGAAUUUAUAUUUGUACCAUAUGGCCCCAAAAACAGUGUUGCUUUGUUUUAGAGUGUGCCUGAAAGUGAAUCUUCAUGGAACUUGAUCAUAUGGAAUCUGUUUUGUGGAAUUUCCGUUACUCUUGCAGUUCAGAACAAUAACCACACUGACGCCCUCUCACAGAACACAUACCCCUUGCAUUCAUUGUUUCAUUUUAGUUAUUAGGUUGCUGAACCAUUGUCAUACUUAGAUUUUUGUCCCUCAGUCUAUAAGAAUUAAAACCAUUCCAAAGAUUUACUAUCAUGAAACCACCUAUUAACUUCAUAUUAGUUAUGUCCAUGUUUUUGUACUGCUGAUCCUGCCCUGCAUUCCAGUUUGCAGUACAGUAGUCAGUGAUUAGUUUUUGGUGUCCCAUGUCGUUUUGACGUUACGUACAUGGAUUCAUUACUGCUUUCGUUAAUGCAUUGUCCCUUCACUCUGUAAUGCAAGUUUUGUAACGUUAACCACUGAACUCUGCUAAAUACAUCCUUGUAGAUUGGAUAUUUAUAGCUAGUAGAGUUUAUGGUCACAAAUUCCACUUAUAAAAGGGAAGCUGCACGAGAAAUCCAGAUUCUUCAUUUUACUUCUUAGCUGAUCAGUUGUCACCCUCAGCUAAUCACCAUGACUCUUAGUGCAGAAUAUCAGUGGGCUUACUCCAUAGUGGACUCCUCGCGUGUCUCCACCUUCCUCAUCUCGAUACUACUGAUCGUGUAUGGAAGUUUCAGAUCGCUCAAUCUGGAGCAGGAAGCUCGGGAAAGGGAAUCCGAAAAGGAGAGAAACAAAUUACUGGGCAUCGCCACUCCCGCCUCCAAUGACAACAAUGUGCAGACAUUGGAUACGAUGCAGGCACUAUGUUUACCAAUGGGGGCAUCUGUUUCACUACUCAUAAUGUUCUUCUUUUUUGACUCGAUGCAGAUGUUAUUUGCUGUCUGCACUGCAAUAAUUGCAACAGUGGCUUUGGCCUUUUUACUGCUACCCAUGUGUCAGUACAUAAUUCGUCCGUGCUCAGAUAAUAAAAAAAUAUCAUUUGGAAUGUGUGGAAGGUUCACAGGCGCAGAAAUUAUGGCAUUCUGCCUCUCUGUAUCCAUCGUCUGCAUUUGGGUCAUGACUGGUCACUGGUUGCUCAUGGAUGCCAUGGGAAUGGGUUUGUGUGUGGCAUUCAUUGCAUUUGUACGUUUACCAAGUUUAAAGGUCUCCACACUCUUGUUAACGGGUCUUCUUGUGUAUGACGUUUUUUGGGUUUUCUUCUCAUCCUACCUGUUCAAUGCCAAUGUAAUGGUAAAGGUUGCCACCCGUCCAGCAGAAAACCCUGUCGGAGUUAUGGCACGUAAACUUCAUCUUGGCAGUGUGGGACGAGAAGCACCUAAGUUGUCUCUCCCUGGCAAACUUGUCUUCCCAUCCAUGCACAAUACUGGCCACUUUUCAAUGCUUGGCUUGGGAGAUAUUGUAAUGCCAGGCCUACUUUUGUGUUUUGUGCUGCGGUAUGAUGCGUAUAAAAAAGCUCAGCUUUUAUCAGCAGAAGCUGGAGUUCCACCACCACCUUCAAACCUGAAUAAAAUAAGUUACUUCCAUUGCUCCUUAAUUGGAUAUUUCCUGGGACUCUUAACUGCGACAGUUUCAUCAGAGGUGUUUAAAGCUGCCCAACCCGCAUUGUUGUAUCUUGUUCCAUUCACAUUACUUCCUCUCCUAACUAUGGCAUACCUCAAGGGUGACUUACGGAGAAUGUGGAGUGAACCUUUCAUCAUUCAGUCGCCAAGUAAAAAUUUAGACGUGUGACUUAGGAUCACGUGUAGCAUGUAGGCAUAAGUGUGGUUAGUGUACAUUCGUAGUGAAGAAAAACUAUAUAUAAAAACAAGUCAUAGCAACCUAAAAAGCUUCUGGAUUCUUGGCUGUGCGUCUUGCCGUUAUUGUGAUGGAAUUGACAAAGUAUUAUCAAUAGAAGCUUAAAUACCGUAACCUAGUACUUUUGUACAGAAGAGACAACACAGUAUACAGUAAUGUAUAUGUCUGAAAUAUAGUUGCUCUAGUAAAGUGAGUAGUGCUGAAGUACCAUAGAACUGGGACUUACUUAUAUCCUAUACUUCCAUUGCCUUUUUAAACACAGUAAACUUGUGUUUUGUGUUUAUACAACAAUAAAAAAAAAAUGUCCUCCUAGUACCAAGUAGCUUAGCUGAUGCCAGGUAUUCUGCAGGGUUUAAUUGCCGUGUAAAAUGUAAACCACUCGUAUUUCUUUAGUUUUUUUACUGUAGAAAAAGGUUUAUAUAUUUUUAUUUGAAAGAUGAAUUUGAUUUAAGAAAAGUUAGAUAAGCCGAGCAGUUGAAGCGUGAAAAAGUACUUGUUAAAUAUUUCUGUGCUUUACUGUAGAUCCUAGUUGCUUGCAUUUUGUGUAAGCGCACAAUCACAAGGUCCUACAGGAUAAGUUCUUGUCUACUGUGUUGUAGGUACUAUUCAUGUGAUGGUCAUAAAUAACUUUGUGAUGCCACUGGAACAAGUGAUGCUCAUCAGUCAAGUUGGCAAAUUACAUAAGGCACCACUCAUUAUGUUAGUAAUUUGUGUCAUUGAGGCAGCUGAAUUUAGAUGCUGUUUCUUGUGGACACCACAAGAAUUCUUAAGUUUGUGAAGAAGGUUGUGUCAUUGUUCCUCAAAGUUUUGGAUGAAAUGGAGAAAUAAUUGAAUUCAUGCCAGUUGAAAAAUUCUUUGUUUUUAGGCUGAUGAAUUUCCUUCAUUUAUAAUAAUAAAAAAAAAAAAGCCCAUUUCUAUAUUCUGUACACUUUUAAUUUUUUUAUCCAAGAAUACAGCAAUUAUUAACAGAUUAUUUUUAUAAACUGUGAUGCUUCUUAGAUAACCGUACUAUUUUAUUAAAAGCUAAAUUUUGCCCAGAAAGGUUUGGUAUUCUAUGUCCAUUGCUUUUUGUUCAUCAUUAUAGAGGUUAUUGAUGGGUGAGUUAAGACAUGUCAUGUUGGUAAUUGAAAUUUUGGUUUGACUUUCUCUAGUAAAUAAUUUUCAAAGGGUUUUACUCAUUACUUGAUGUGCAACUGGUUUCCUAAAGUGUCAUAUGUAGACACAACAUAAUUGGUCAUUAGGGAUGACCAUAUUUGACAGAAAAUGAGUGGAAAGUCCAGUCUAAAUAUUGGCAGAAUCAUCAUCUUUGCAUAAAAGUACAUUGGUACCCUUGACCAAAGACAUUUUUUCUGCAGGACAAAAUUUGGCGUAGGAAAUUUCAGUAAGAAUUAUAAUAAAAGUACAUUACAUAAUUGAAGUACAUUACUAUACGUCAUAAGUUUUAGCAGUUGAAAUUUUCUGAAUAACCUACCCCUGUUUUUGCACAUUCAAAGACUGUUCAGCAAAGGGAAACAAAAUUGUAGGUAACACUUCAAAGUACAUACUAUAUUUCAAGUGCAUAAAUAUUCUUGAUUGGGUAAAUUAAAAAAAAUUUGAGUUGUCAUUUGGUAGUUGAAUAUUACAGUACUGUAUUUGGAUCCAAGUAUGGUUAUUAAAAAAAUUUAAAUCAAUUGAAUUUUAAAAAUUAAUUUCCUGCAAAACUUUAAAGUUCUGUCAAAUCUGUAAUAACUGCAAUGUUUUUUAAAGUUUGUCCACCAAGCAACUUGUAAAUCCGAUGGUAUAGUAUUCUCUGUUCUCCUUAAAUUUUUUAGAUAUGAUGUAUGUGCAUUAGCCACCCAAUUUAAAGAAAAAAGGAAUUUUCUCACCGUAACAGAAAGAUUUUGUAUUACUUGAUAAGAAAUUGUCCAAGUAUACAUAUAUAGAGUGGCUGUGUUCUGGGUAAAAGAAAGCUAUGUGCAUAAUUACCAUUGAGAUUAUGAAGUAUACUUUCUUGAACAUUUUUCACUAUAUUGAUAUUAGUCUUUUCUUCUCAAUUUAUACCAGCUUUAUUUAUUUUGUGGUUUUAAGCUGCUGAAAUCCUCAUUUGUAUGAUGUUGCAUAUUCCUGUACAAUAAAUAUUAAUUUUCUACAAUGAUUUAGUUCAUUACAGUAUUUCUUUUGUUUUAUCAGAAAAUAAUUGUCCAGUAGAGUUUCAUUCAUGUACUCAUGUUAAAUGUUACCAUUUGGUAUAAAAAAUAUGUUUGAGUAUUCUUUUUAUAGUUUUGCAAUAUCUUUGUAUUUGUGAGGCUGGCAACACCCGUAUGUAUGUAUGGAAAAUAAAGUGUUAGAAGUUUUGUGAAUGCAUACGGGAUUGAAAUAAGAUAGGAAAAGGUAUCUUAUAUCUGAAGGGGCAGGCACAGCACAAAGUAGUAACAGCAUGUAAAAGUGCUAGCUUUUCUAUAAAGAUUAGCAAGCAUUUUGCAGGGGAUAGGAGUAUUUUGUUUUGAUACUGUUAUUUUGUAAUUGCUGCAUAUACUGUUUCAUGUAUCACUUUAGAUUUAUAUAGAAAGCAUUGUAGGAUCCUAAUUAGUAAAAAAGUUAGUUAUUUAUUCUUGUAAUUUUUAAAGAAGUUGAACUGAUUUCAGCCAAUGACAAUCAUACCAUCAUUAUGAAUACCAUACAUUUCAAAAAAAAAAGAAGUGUAAUUUUCAUGUACUGUAUUUUAUAUAAUGCUUUUAGCAAAUUAUAAGGAAUUAUAUUUCUUGAAAUAGCUGUUCACUGAAUCAGAUGAAGCUUUCAUAAUAAAAAUGCUGUCAUGUCUUGCUCUUAAAACUUCUUCAUAUUUAAAAUUUCAGCUUUGAGUUUGAUAGGCUACAAGGUUAGCUUUUGAGAAUAUUGUAUUAAAUUUUCAUUCAGGAAAAUGUGCCAUUCUCAGAAUGUCUUUAUUGUCUCAUCAAGGAAAGUGAGUUUAGUUAGUUAUUGUCUGAAAUAGUAGUGGUAAAAUAAUCUGAUAUUGCACUACAUCCUUCUAAGAACACCUUGUAGUUUGUUUAGUUCCAGGUUUAGAACUGUCAUUACAGAAUAGAAAUCUAAAUUGGUUAUUGCCAAGAAGGACAUCGCUAUCUUUUCAACUUCUUUAUUAUUACAGAAAGAAAAUAUGGCUAAAUCAGGCCUAGUUUAUAAAAGAGAAACCCUAAUUUUCAAGCGUCAUAGCUACACACAUCAUGAUUGUAUACAUGUUGUGAUCGUUAAUUAUGAAAGAUUUUUAUGAUUAUUUUUCAUAUUGUUUGUAGUGUGUAAUGCUAGUCCAUGAAAGGAGCUACGACCAGGGUCACGUUGAGACAUUGCACUUGUCUGUGCUGUUGGAUUUACAAUUUGGUAAUACUAACCACAACUAUUACACAUUAGAAUAACCAAACUAUAAUUUACUGGAUUUGAGAGUUAAUAAGAAAUUAUAAUAGCAAUAAUAUGGUUUGAAUCCAUUUGUUUGAAAGGAAAGUAAGAACUGGUUUGGUAAUUACUCUCAAAUAUUAUAAAUCUACAAUUCAAAUUUUCUGAAAGCUUAUUAACCCUACAAGAUUUUUUGGUAGGACCCAUAACUCAACUUACGAAAAACAUUCCCAUCCUCACCCACCACUUAUGUGCUUAGAGAUAACUUUCUUUUUUAUCACUUGCUAUAAAUGUUUUUCAUGAUAGGUUAUAACUCUAUCUCUCUUGAAAUACUGGUUUUUGGCUCCACUUUAAGACAAAUGAGUGUUUAAAAAUUGAAAAUAAAUUAUAUCGUUCAAAUGGAGCAUUAAUUAUAUCCAAGAACAAAAAUUUCUUUACUUUUCAUUGAUAACUUUAUUCCAUACUGCUAUUUUAUGCCAGCUGUAACAUACAAGAAAUGCAAGGAAAAAUUAGUUAAAAGUUUUUUAUGUUCUGCUGUGCACUAGCUCAUUGGUAAUUCUUUGAACAGGCCCUACUUGAAUAGGAGAUAAACUACUCUCCUGAUAUCAUACCAAUGUGACCCAAUGCCAAAAUAUUUAUAGUAAAUUACAUUGGAAUCUCCGUAGAAAAAAUUGUGUGACAUCACUGGAAUCUUACAGGGUUAAGAUUUAGAAUAUUUCUCAAUGAAUCAAAAAUUUAAGAAAAUUAGAUUGCAAAUUUGCUGGUUGUGGAGACGUGUUGUUCACCCUUAAUUUGAAAUUCAACAUCACACUUGGAGUGCAUUGUGUUAACAUUGGCUUUUCAGUUCUGCAAUGAAUCUCACACAUCAUUUUAUUGUAAUGAGAUUUUGUAAUAUUUGUCAUUCAGUACAACACUUGUCAUUACCAUUCAUACCCAUUUCAAUAAAAAAAAGGAGAUAUCUUUUUAGUCUUUUACGUGGAAUAAAUCUUUACUUUGAUUUGUA